GUUGGUAUGUAUUGUGUCUUUUUGAAUUAUUGUUUGUCCUGACAUGAUUUGAUAUAAUGAUCAGCUGUAUGUUUUAAAUGAGGCACUGGUGUCUUAACUUAUUUCGGUGAGUCACCAAGUUCCAAUUGCGUGAGUUGUGCUAAUUCAUUCAUUGUUGUUUCCUCUGUCCCGUGUAAAUCUAUGUUAUGCCCGACUGUGCCAUGUUGGUUAUAACAAUUUGCUCUGUUCCAUCGAUACAAAUCUGAUAUCUUAUUUACGUGGUCUCCUCUCUUUCCUUGUCCUGACUCUUUCACGCUUAUCGUCCUUACAUAACAUUAUCUUCCCCUUGGUGCUGAAAUCAUUUGUAUUUAUUAGGAAAACUGCUUAACAUUUAAGCAAAAAAAUUAUCUUAUGUAACUAUCAGAUUAAUUAUUUUGGUGAGCAGUAAAAUUUGUAAAAAUCUGGAUCCAUUUCAAAUUGAUCAAAUCGUGUGAACUGAUCAACAAUGCCCGGCAGAGGAGACGAAGUGCACAAAGUGUACAUUGGCAAUCUAGGCAACAAUGGGGAGGAGAACGAGAUAAGACGCAAGUUCGAGAAGUGUGGGGAGAUCAAGACAGUCUGGAUAGCCCGCUCGCCCCCCGGAUUUGCAUUUGUCGAGUUCUACGAGCGAGAGGACGCCGACUACGCCGUCGACAAACUCGAUGGAGCGACUGUGUGUGGAUGCCGAGUGCGAGUUGAGUUGUCCCAUGGGAAGAGAAGAGGCGAAGAUAGAUUCGGAGGCGGUGGUGGCGGAAGACGCAGGGACAGAAGCAGGAGCAGGAGCCGCAGUCGCGACCGAGGACGAGGAGGCCGUGGAAGAAGGUCGAAGAGUACAUCUUCACCACGAAGACAGAGAACGAGGUCGAGGUCUAACUCCUCGAGGGACAGAUUCGGAAGACGCAAGAGGAAGGAGAACACCAGAUCUCGAUCCAAGUCCACCAGGGUGCAACCCGAUGAAGAGAAAAAGGGAGUGGAGUAAUGGCUUCAAACAACCGAAAAUAUUUGUAAAUGAGACCACGCAAAUAGUUCUUCAUAAGCAGCAGGUGAUUGAUCGAUUCAACUACAUACAUAUUGAACAAACGAAGGCCAUGCGAUCACCUGAAGCCAAUUCGAACCACA